CAUUGAUUGGCGUUCGGCAUCUGUCAAUCAUCAUCCCAACUUUUUUCCGUGCUUGGAGUCACUGCUGUUUUACACACGAUUGCACAUAUACCCAGAUACCUUUAGAUCUGGUGACUUGGAGUCACAUACUUGCCCAGCAUGGCUCCCGCGCUUCUUGCCGCAAUUGACCCCACCACAUACACACAAUCCUCCAAGGGCCUCAAUCCCCAGGCGCUGUCAUAUGUUGGCAAUGUUUUCUCACGCGUCGCAGAUGGCACUGUUGAUCAGACCCUCGCCCACCUGCAACAGUCUGUAGGCCGAUUGGCCAACUAUCUCGGCGUCGCGAACGUAUCUUCGACCGAUGAUAUCGUCUCCCUCCUGGAUGCCGGCGCCGCCAAGGUCUUCGUCACUCGUGCUCAGUUGGAUGAAUUGAAGUCCAAGAAGAUCGACCAGGACAGGCUAGUCUUGUGCCUGCCGGGAAACAGCCGCGAGGAGAUCAUUGAAGCCAUUGCAGGCACACAAGUCAAUAUCUACUCCCACCAGGUAGAGGACAUUGAGCUCCUCGAGGCAUGGCUGAAAGAAUACGGCACAGACAGGCCCGAGGUCUUCGUCUCGUUUGCGAAGCCGGAGCUUGACAGUGUCCAGCGCAUAGCAAAGCUCUCAGCCAUCCCGAUCAUCCCGGCCGAAAACCUCACAGUCGACGCACAGCAGGAGGCCUCAUUGAUAAGUGUCGCGAAGCUUGUUAUGGCCAAUGCGACCAGCGACCGACCGGACGGCCUUUUCACAACCCUCGUGACCGACGAGCGAGGCAUUGCGCUGGGAUUGGUAUACAGCAGCGAGGAGAGUGUCGCAGAAAGUUUGAGAACGGGAAGGGGCGUGUACCAGAGCCGCAAGCGCGGUCUGUGGUACAAGGGCGAGAGCAGCGGGGAUAUCCAGGAGCUUGUGUCUUUGGCAUUGGACUGCGACAAUGACUGUCUGCAGUUUGUCGUCCGCCAAAAGGGACGAGGCUUCUGCCACUUGGCCACGCCCACCUGCUUCGGUCAAUACACUGGACUGUCUAAGCUGCAGAAGACUCUCCAGGGCCGCAAAGAGUCUGCGCCCGAGGGCUCAUACACCGCCAGGUUGUUCAACGACUCGCAACUGCUGAGAGCAAAGAUCCUCGAGGAGGCCGCCGAACUCUGCGAUGCGACCACCAAGGAGCACAUUGCUUUUGAGGCCGCCGAUCUCUUCUACUUCGCCUUGACCAAGUGCGUGGCUGCUGGAGUAUCACUGGAAGAUGUUGAGCGCAACUUGGAUGCAAAGAGCAUCAAGGUGAAGAGACGUCAGGGAGACGCCAAACCCGCCUUUGCUGCGCAAGCGGCGGCUGCAAGCAGCAGUGCGAAUGGUGCGAACGGCACUAAGAAGCCCACGAAGGAGGAGGUCAAGGAGGCAGCUUCUGUGCCAAAGAGCAAGGACGACCCAGCUGGCAUCAAGGACGGACGCAUCGCUAUGAGGAGAUACAUCGCCGCAAACGAGACGUCCGAGACAAUUGCUUCUGUGCUGCAACGACCUUCGCAACGAUCGACCGACAAGAUCCUUGAGAUUUGCCGACCCAUCAUCGAAAACGUCAAGACAAACGGUGAUAAGGCUCUGCUUGAGUACACCCACAAGUUCGAGAAGGCAACUUCGUUGACAUCGACGGUUUUGAAAGCGCCAUUCCCUCAGGAGCUGAUGCAACUGGCACCAGAGACAGCCAAGGCCAUCGAUGUGUCGUUCGAGAACAUCCGCAAGUUCCACGCUGCACAGAAGGAGGACAAGCCAUUGAAGGUCGAGACAAUGCCAGGUGUCGUCUGCUCACGUUUUGCACGACCAAUCGAGAGGGUCGGUCUUUACGUGCCUGGUGGUACCGCCGUUCUGCCCUCUACCGCACUCAUGCUGGGUGUGCCCGCUAUGGUAGCUGGCUGCAAGACACUGGUUCUUGCUACACCACCGCGCUCGAACGGCAAGGUAACGCCGGAGGUUGUCUACGCCGCGCACAAGGUCGGCGCAUCGGCCAUCGUCCUUGCAGGUGGUGCACAGGCUGUUGCAGCCAUGGCUUACGGUACUGAGAGCGUGCCCAAGGUGGAUAAGAUCUUGGGUCCUGGUAACCAGUUCGUCACUGCAGCGAAGAUGUUCGUUUCCAACGACACCAACGCUGGAGUCAGCAUUGAUAUGCCUGCUGGGCCCAGUGAGGUGUUGGUUGUCGCGGAUAAGACGGCGGACCCAGCCUUUGUUGCUUCAGAUCUGCUGAGUCAGGCUGAGCACGGUGUCGAUUCUCAGGUCAUCCUGAUUGCAGUCGGUUUGGAUGAGACUGAAUUGCGCGCGAUUGAAGACGAGCUUCAUAAGCAGGCUAUCGCCCUUCCCCGUGUUGAUAUUGUUCGUGGUGCUAUCGAGCACUCGAUCACACUCGCUGUCGAUGACAUUCAGGAGGCUAUGAGAUUGAGCAACGAUUAUGCGCCGGAGCACCUGAUCCUACAGGUCGAGGAUGCCGAGAAGGUCGUUGAUCUGGUCGAGAACGCUGGCAGUGUCUUCGUUGGCCACUGGACACCAGAGUCUGUCGGCGAUUACAGCGCCGGUGUCAACCAUUCCCUUCCCACCUACGGAUACGCUAAGCAGUACUCUGGAGUCAACUUGGGCUCCUACAUCAAGCACAUCACCAGCGCGAACCUCACAAAACAAGGUCUCGAGAACGUUGGUGCUGCGGUCAUGGAGCUCGCACGCGUGGAAGAGCUCGAGGCUCACCGUCGCGCUGUCAGCUUGCGUCUGGGUGUAGCUUGAGUGAACUUGCAAUGAUCAACAUUUCCUCUAGUUCAAUAAUUUAGACGCGCAUUAUGCAUCCAGGUGGCGAAGUUUCAGGUGUUUAUGCUUUAGGGGAUGACAGGAACGGCAGCAAUCUAGGGAUGGAGUUGUGC